UCACCAGCCCAUUCAAGCAUAGCUUCAACUUUGGACCCAAGCCAUCUCGAAUCAUCUCCGCACAUUCACAAUGAAGGUCACUGCUGCCUGCGUCGCUCUCACAGCUCUGAUCUGCUCAGUCAGUGCAGCGCCCAACCCACGCCCCACUGCUCUUGCUGUGCGACAAGAUGCUCCGUCUGCCUCUACAGUGGCGCCCAUCACCUCCACUUAUGACCCUUCUCAGGGCAUCAAUGGCAAUGGAUGCAGCGGCAACGGCAAUGUCCUCCUUUGCUGUCCCGAUGGCUACAGAAAGUGAGUGCGCCUGCACCUGCCACCUGCGACGCACGUGCCUUUUCACCCUGAUGUCCUUCCUCAUCUCUGUCUCUCUCCCGCUCCGUGCACUUUUCAGCAAUGUGAUCAACGGAGAGACGAAUUGCGUGGCAUCUGGCGGCUCUUUCACCAACGUUGAAGGAGGAUUCACCCAAGUAUUUGGCAGCGAAGAUGACAACUCGCAAUCCAGCGGUACAUCGACUCGCUCCAGCUCCAGCCCCAGCCCCAGCUCCAGCUCCAGCUCCAGCUCCAGCUCAAGUGCCUCGCCUACUCCUUCAGGCAGGAGCGGGAACGGAGGAGCAACGAUCAAGAGCUCGGCGUCGGUGAUCGCUGUCGGAGUCGUGCUUGUUGGUGCUGCGCUUGUCUAGAUCCCUGCGAACGGAGGCGCAGGCAUCGUACGCUUUCUAUUCC